AUGCUGGGACGAUGCGACUUUGCGUCUUUUGUUGGUGCGAAAUCUACCGACCACGAGGGCGAAGGCCAAAUUACCGGAGAUCGCGAAAUGAAUUCCCAGAUUUGUCACGCUUGCGACAAAGUGCCCGAUGAAAAUUCGCCUAGGCCAAACUGGAAGACUCAGGGCAGAAAGCUGAGGCGGUGCCCGAAACUAUACAGCAGCGAUAACCCGAAGGGUUUGGAGGUUCUUUGCCAAGCACGGUGGGGGGGGGGGGUGAAGUAUAAGCUGUACCAGGAUGGUGAUGUCAGCGCCUGCGAUGACAAUGUAGAAGUACCGCAGCGGCCAAUGCCAGGGCGUAUGAACCGGGGACCGUUCGCGUUGGAAGAUGGGGCACGCCAGCCAGUGAAAAGCGGCGAAAAAUGCAAGGCCAAACAAAAAUUGAGGGGUAAAAGCAAAAGAAGAUUGGAACAAAAGAUAUGGUGGCCUGUCAACUGGGCACCGCCGGAGGAAAUCUGCAUGGGAGUUGAACAACACAUCCACACACCACUUACCGGGUUUGAUGAAGUCACCCAAAACCCACACCCACGAAACGAGCGCCCUGGCUGUCAAGUCGUCAGAGGCCGGCAGAGGGUGAUUAGGUAA